AUGAAUUCUGCUUUUUUGAAAUAGAUAGAAGAAGAGAAUAAGAUUCUGGAACAAGAAUUAUAAUAAUUGUUAAGGCAGGAGGCAGUAAGAUUUUCAUUUAGUUAAAAACGAUCAAAAGAGGAUAAUGAGAAUGAUAAUGAAAAUGUAAAUCCAAAUUUUAGAAAUGAAAAAGGAAUACUGAGUAAAAUUGAUGAGGAAACAGAGGAGGAAUAACCAAAUCGAAUUGAACCUCGUCGAUUGUUGGAAUCUCCAUACAAACCAGGUCCUUAUAAAUUUGAAAAUCAUUAGGAAUCAAUAAUUGAUAAUUUAUAGGACUCCAUUAAUAAUUACAUGGAGAAACGAAGUAGCAGUAUAGCUGACAUUUAGAGUCAUAGGAAUUCACAAAAAAAUAUUGAAAAUACAACAAAAUAAAUAAAAUCAUUGGAAAUGCGAUUGUCAGGUACUAGAGAAGCCUUAAAGUCUAUGGAAAAGGAAAUCAAAGAAAAAAACAUAAUAAUUUAGACUCUUUAAAUUGAUUUGGCAAAGAAGUAAAAGCAAAUUGAAUUAUUAUCAAAACAAUAGAAUUGUACAUCUACCCCAGUAAAAAGUGAGUUUAACAAUGAAAGCUUUUAAGAAAUAAAGAAAUAAUGUAAAGAAUGGGAGAAGAAAUACCAAGAAUGUGAAGCUUGUUUAAAAGAAAAUAAAAAAUACACUCAAAGACUUUAAGAAUUAAAUUAACAACUAUUAUAUAAAUUAAAAUAAUAUGAGCAAGAGAAGGAAUUGCAAACAUCUGAAUUAGAUUAACAAAAGAAUAUUAAUAGUUAAAUUUACUCGACAAACACAAGUAUACUGAACAAAUACGAACAAAUAAUCAAAUCUUAAUAAGAAUAAUUAUAAUCAGAGGAUGAUAAAUAUAGACAAUUAGAAAGAAAAUAUGAAGAGCUGAAACUCAAUAGUGAAUAAUUUUUAUUAAAUUCUCGAGAUCUUAAAUCUUAAUAUGAACAUAUGCUAAACACUUUAUAGUCAAUUGCAAAUAGUUAUUGA